AUGAGUCUCUUCAGAUGCUCUGCUCUUCUGAUUGCUAGAAUAACUUUGGAAUCUGGAUAUCUCCUGCGGGAAAUCAAAAAAGAAGACAUCUCACUGCCAGAAGGGGAGGUGAACCCAGCUGCACCAUUACCCAAACAUGUGAUGGUCAUAAUGGAGCAGCUUCAGAGACUGGAACUGGAGCUGAGUGAGGUCACCAGGAACAAGGAGAAACUCCAGAAGAACCUUCUGGAACUGACUGAGUACACACACAUGCUACGCAUCACACGCAACUUUGUGCACCGCAGUGCAGAGAGGGAGCCGUCACAGGUUCAGUAUGAAGAGUUUCUCUUCCUAGAGAAAGAACCCAUGAUGGACUACACCAGCAUGCAGAGGCUUGGAGCCAAGCUUGGGUUCAUUUCUGGGCUCAUCCAGAGCGUAAAAAUCGAGGCGUUUGAGCGAAUGCUCUGGAGAGUGUGUAAGGGCUACACCAUCCUCAGCUACUCGGAGGUAGAUGGGCUUUUGGAGGAUCCUGCUACGGGGGAGCCAACCAGGAGUGUGGUGUUUCUCAUCUCCUACUGGGGAGAUCAGAUUGGACAGAAAGUUAAGAAGAUUUGUGACUGCUACCACUGUCAUCUGUACCCAUACCCCAACAGUAAUGAGGAGAGGACAGAUGUGGUGGAGGGGCUCCGCACACGCAUUCAGGACUUGCACACGGUUCUUCACCGGACUGAGGAUUACCUGAGGCAGGUGUUGAUCAAGGCCUCAGAGUCUGUGUACGUUUGGGUGAUCCAGGUUAAGAAAAUGAAGGCCAUAUAUCACAUCCUUAACCUCUGCAGUUUUGAUGUCACAAACAAGUGCCUCAUAGCUGAGGUGUGGUGUCCCGUAAAUGAUCUGCCCACUCUUCGGAGAGCUCUAGAGGAUGGAUCGAGGAAGAAUGGAGCAACAGUUCCCUCAUUUGUCAAUCGUAUCCCAAGCAAUGACACUCCACCAACCCUCGUACGCACCAACACGUUUACCUCAGGCUUUCAGAAUAUAGUGGAUGCCUACGGCGUAAGCAGCUACAGAGAGGUCAACCCAGCUCCAUAUACAAUCAUUACCUUUCCCUUCCUGUUUGCUGUGAUGUUUGGAGACCUCGGGCAUGGCGUCAUCAUGGCACUGUUUGCUCUGUGGAUGGUUCUCUAUGAGAAUGACCGCAAACUGAAGAAAACCAGAAAUGAGAUCUGGAACAUUUUUUUCGAGGGCCGUUACAUCAUCCUGUUGAUGGGUAUAUUUUCAGUCUACACUGGAUUAAUAUACAAUGACUGCUUCUCUAAAUCACUCAACCUGUUUGGCUCGGGGUGGAACGUCAGCGCUAUGUUUGUGCCUGGAGUCUGGAGUCCAAGCACACUCCGCUCAAAUAGCUUCCUUGCACUGGAUCCAAACGUCACAGGAGUCUUUAAAGGGCCCUAUCCUCUGGGCAUUGACCCGAUCUGGAACCUGGCAUCCAACCGUCUCACCUUCCUGAACUCCUAUAAGAUGAAGAUGUCUGUGAUCAUAGGAAUAAUCCACAUGACUUUUGGAGUCGUCCUUGGCGUUUUCAAUCACCUGCACUUCAGACGGACAUUCAAUCUGUACCUGAUAUUUAUUCCUGAGCUGCUCUUCCUGCUCUGCCUCUUCGGCUAUCUGGUCUUCAUGAUCAUUUAUAAGUGGCUGUUUUUCACAGUCAGAGACUCUCAGACAGCUCCCAGCAUUCUCAUCCACUUUAUCAACAUGUUCCUGAUGCAGGGGGACUCCAGUCAGCCCCUCUACCCAGGACAGGCUGGGUUUCAGGUGUUCCUGCUGAUUGUGGCUGUGCUCUCUGUGCCUGUGUUACUCUUGGGCAAACCUCUCUACCUCUACUGGCAACACAAGGGCAGAGACCACUUGAGCAUGUACCGGGGUUAUCAGCGUGUACGGCGGAGCAGUGAGGAGGAGCUCUCUCUCAUGCAUGCUCAUGAUGUGGAGGAGGGCACCAGUCUGGACAGCCACUCCUCCAGCUCUGACAGCCAAUCAGAGGAGUUUGAUUUUGCUGAUGUCUUCCUCCAUCAGUCCAUCCACACUAUAGAGUACUGCCUGGGCUGCAUCUCUAACACUGCGUCUUACCUCCGUCUGUGGGCUCUCAGCCUGGCACAUGCCCAGCUCUCUGAAGUGUUGUGGGCGAUGGUGAUGCGGGUGGGUCUGCGUGUGGACACCAGUGUGGGCAUUGUGUUCCUGGUGCCUGUUUUUGGUCUGUUUGCUGUCCUCACUGUGUCCAUCCUGCUGGUGAUGGAGGGACUUUCAGCCUUCCUUCAUGCUCUCAGACUCCACUGGGUGGAGUUCCAGAAUAAGUUCUAUAGCGGCGCUGGCGUCAAGUUUGUACCAUUUGCCUUCUCUCUCUUGCACACCAGCUUUGAAAACGAGGGGUUGUUGUGAACCUUGGCACGCUAAACACCAGACCAGAGCAGAGCAGAUCUGUGAGCUUCAUUUGAACAGGUUUACAUGUUGCAAUACAUGCCAAAGUGGUCCAACCAAAUACUCUUUAUAUGGAGAUACCAGAUCAGCAUUGACAAUACUGAGCCACAUCAGAUGCUUGAACAUUUUGGGACAUGCAACCGUAACACAAACACGCUGAGAAAAAAGAAACAGCUCUGGACUGUAAAUAGGAUUCUUGAGUGCUUUUUUUAUGUGUUGAAUGUAUUAGCGCUUCACAAAAGUGCUGUUUGAGAAUAUCAUGCCUGUUGACUGUGCAGAGAUCGUUGACUCUCCAUAGCCGAGCACGUUCCAUGAGUGACUUUGAAGUUUAACUUUUUUGUUUAUUGGCAGUCGAGCAAGUGAUUUAACGGCUUGUUUAAAUUCCAGCAUUUUCAUCCUCCAUAUGGCUCAUGUAGUUCAUUUAUAGUGUUGAAUGGAUCUGUGCUUCGAUAACAACAGAUAUAAC